AAAAUAAAUGACUAAGACACCUUAUUUAUGUUUUAAUUUGCUUGCUCCGUUUAAAUAAUUUGUGAAGUUAUUUAUAAACCCGUGUAGUCGUAGACGACACACCAUACAAAUACUUCAAAAUUAGGCCAAAAGGCUGAUGAAUGACCUGCUGUUUACUGAAAGCUAAAUUAUACUUGUAGCCUGAUGUCUACAUUUAUAAGGAAGUUUCACCAGUAAGUUCUUUUAAUGGCUGCAACUAUCCCUAGAAAGAAAAUGAUGAAUGAUGUUGGCUACUAUUCAGAAUUUUCCACUCCCAGUAAGGUGAGCUUGCAGCAGAAGUUGUCAAACAUCCAAACGGUCAUUGCUGCAACACGUAAAACUCUAGAAUCAAUCAACGAAGCUUUUAGUAACCACCAGCGCCCUCCGUCGAUUUACAUCAAAGAAUAUGAGAGCCUUACAGAUAAGAUACACAAGUACCAGUUACAAGAGCAGCAACUCCUGGAUCAAAUGGGGCAAGAUUUAGUUGACUCACCUGUACUGACAGAACGUGCGCAGUCGUACAAUGCAGAGAAAGACAAUAUGUCUCUUGCGUCUUCUGUCAGUUCCUCCAGCCCGACCACCAAAACUUUUCCCAACCCUCUGAUCAAAGUUUAUCUCCCUUUAAAUAUGACUACCACAAUACGGGCAGUCCAAGGGAAAACUUUGAAAGAGGGGCUGAUGAAGCCGAUGCAAUUGCGAGGAUUUCACGCCGACGGGUGCCAGGUGUUCCGAGACAAAUCAAGGAGUAUUCUUUUGAGCUGGAGCACGGAACUUGGUCAGUUGGCUGGUCAGGAGGUGUACCUUGACAUCAAAGAAGUGGACGACAAUUCGCGAGUGCGUCUUCCUUACAAGGAUAUAUUUGCCCACAACUACGUAAAGAAAACCCACUUUACUUUGACCUACUGUGACGUUUGUCACAACCUGAUGUUCCAGAGCCUCCAGUGCCAGGCGUGUGGGCAUAAACGUCACGCAAAAUGUGAAGAGGGCUUCACGUGUCAGGACGCCCUUGUUAAAUAUCUCAGCACGGUCAAAAACCCCCAUAUGUUUCCAGAUAUCAAUAGUGCUCCGAUAAAAAAGAAACAGGACAGAGAAAGCCUUUAUUCAUUUGUAGAGCCUAAUUCUUUACAACGAAAGAGAUCGCCCUCUGUGCCUGAUUUCAACCUUACUAUACAGAAUGAAGAACUUUCUACCAAAAAUGAUAUAAUGCGCUCAAAUAAUUCACUGAGCUCUAACGAUUCCAAUGCUUUAGCAGUCAAGCAGAGAUACGUUGAACGAGAUUCCAUCGGUGAUUGGGAGAUUCCUAAUAUGAAUAUUGUGUAUGAGUGUAAAAUCGGUUCCGGAUCAUUUGGCACGGUCUACAAAGCGCACUGGCAUGGCCCAGUGGCUGUGAAGAAAUUAAAUUUUACAGAUCCCACGCCCAGCCAAAUCCAGGCAUUUAAAAAUGAAGUGUGUGUGUUGAGAAAAACCAGACAUAACAAUAUCCUGCUGUUCAUGGGCUUGAUGACGACACCGUACCUAGCCAUCGUCACUCAGUGGUGUGAUGGUGACAGCUUGUACACCCAUCUACAUGUGAAGGAAACAAAAUUUCAAAUGUUUCAGCUAAUUAUGAUUGGCAAGCAGAUAGCUCAGGGCAUGGAUUACCUUCAUGCUAAAUCAAUCAUUCACAGGGACUUGAAAUCAAACAAUAUUUUUCUAACAGAAAUAUUCCAGGAGAACAUGACAGUGAAGAUUGGAGAUUUCGGUCUUGCGACAGUCAAUAACAUGCAGGAGACCACGGAUAUGUCUCAACAACCCACCGGCACUAUUCUGUGGAUGGCUCCAGAGAUCAUCCGUAUGAAUGUCCCCAACCCAUACACUUUCCAGUCCGAUGUGUUUGCCUUUGGUAUCGUGGUGUUCGAACUCGUCACCGGAACAUUGCCGUAUGCGAAGAUCAACAACAGAGAACAACUUUUAUUCAUGAUCGGCAAGGGGUAUUUAAAGCCGGACAUCAGCCUCUGUCGCAACGACACCCCCAAACAAGUGAAAAUUCUUAUGCUGAGCUGCACCAGCUUUAACCGUGACGAGAGGCCCCUGUUCCCCAAUGUCCUCUCUACUCUACAGAAUUUGUACUCCUGCAUCCCAAAAAUUAAGCGCAGCAUGUCGGAGCCAGCCGUUCUGUCAUCAGAGUCGUCGGAGUUCCAGUGCGAUAUAGCUUACAAUACUGCAACUUGAUUUGUUUACACCUAUAAUCUUCAAUUCUAAGUCUCCUCUUAACUAAAUCUACAUUAAAAUUUUAAAAAUAUUUUCAUGUUACAAUCGAAUACGUAAUUUAAUAUUUUUUAUUCUUUACAACUGACGUUAUGAUAAAAUAAUGGUUAGUAUUCAGAUGAAAUGUCUGUGAAGUCUUGAUUUAAUAAUUUUAAUGUAUACUUGAUUUUACUUGAUAUUGUUGGCUUAGCUAAACACACUGUUGGUCUUUUUUUUUUUGGCGCUUUCCAUUCCGAUUUAACAGCUUUAAGGAAAGGUAAUGUUCCAGCUCUCUGACCCUAUCCAUUCUUAUCAUUGUUCUGUUUAUGUGCUCGUUGAACAUGAAGGUAGUCAAAAAGUGCAGUCUAGGAAAAAAAAAUGAAAUUGAAGUACUAACAAAGAAAUCAUUUCUUAUUUUUAUAUAGUAACUACUAUAUAAAGUUAAAUUAGAAACAGCAGAUCAUAUUUCAAAAUGUACUUAAAUUAUUUUUUUACAGAAAGUAAUUUCGCAUUAUGUAAGUUUUAAUUUAUUCUAUGCAACAAAAUAUUUUAAUUAGAAUAUGAUCUCAU